GCAGGAGAUGGCCUUUUGGGACAAGUUGGCCCAGUGUAAGGACAAGGCUCCGUGCCCCACUCAAUGUGACCCCAAGCUCCAGUCAACAGGUGACACCAACUGGGAUUCCUAUGCUACCACAAUGAAGACAGCAUUCACACCUAAAACAGGAGUGGUGCCUGAUUUAAUACGUCCAAAGAGCAUCAGAAGAUUAGGCUAUACUUACUCACUUAGCGAUCCUAUUCUGAACCAGACAAAUUACAAUUACGAGUAUUCUUGGAAGACAUAUGCUAAAGAAAAUAUGAUAAAAAGUGGGACUUCAAGAGGACUAAGGACCCAUAAGGCUCAUCUCGGUCAAGACUUCUUUCAGUGGACACUCCCUAAAGGAAAAGCAACCCAACCCCUCCCUUCGGUAGUUCUUCCAUCCAUGGAAAAGGUCCGGGAGGCAAUAGCAAAUCAGUUUGUUUCACACACCAAGAGGGAUUUCGUGGAUGUGGCUCAAGCUAAGAAGACCAUGAAAAGGUUUCCCAUGUCCAUGGACUGGAAAGAGUUCCUUCCCCGACCUCUGGACACUGAAUUUCGGCACCAUUACAAAAUUCCAGCUAAGAUUCCUGAAUUGCAGGAUUUUAGUUUCAAAUAUGGAUGCUACUCAAGCCUGCCUGUUGCUUCCCAGGGUCUAGUGCCCUCUGUGCUACACAGCUACAUGCGGAACCAAGAGCGCACAAAGAAGCAGACCACAUACGAGAGCGACUACGGGAAAGCUUGCCUGGACUUCUUGAUGAUCUUAGACUCGUUCAGUCCCUCCCAAGUCCAGAAGUACCUGCAAAGUGUCUCUUACAAAGACAGACAAAUUCUUGAUCGCUUCAUCCAUUCUCAUUGCAACGUCAGUGAGAGGACAAAUGAGAAAGGAAAACGAAGUCACACGAAGAGACCCUGA